CGUUGUGUAUUAUAUUUAAUAUAAGUGGUCUUGAAUUAAGAAUUUAAAUAAUGGCUGCGCUAUUUUUGCGCGAUACAGCUGGACAUAGCAUGCUGUCGCCCAGACUGUUCCUGGCCAGCACAACUUUGCUGAAAAGAUUUACAUCCAAGAUAAGCGCAGCUGUUGAACCGGAGGUGCUGUCAGAUUUAGAAAAGGAAAACAUAAAGCAUCGUAAACAUCCAGGCAUAGUGAAACCAAAUCAUGUAGAAUUACCCCAGCAGCUGAGUGAUGCACUGAAGCGUAUAAUAGGCGAUCAUCCAUUGCGAAAAGUAGUGCACGACAGUCAAUUGCUUAAUCGUUACAUAAAAUCCCGUCACCCGCCGCCGUCACAAGAGGAAGUUGAGCACAGAAAGCAGCUGAUUGUGGAGGAAGUCAAUGCAAAGAUGCCGUUGGAACGCCUGUCCACGCUCAGCGAGGAAGAGGCGACGCGUUGGCAGCGUAAACGUGAACUGGAAAUAAAUCGUCGUCUGGGCCAACGAGUCUAUGCUUGGAAACGAAUUGAUUAUGGCGCCUAUGAGGCUGUUGUCUACGCCAUAGGCAGAGCUGCACAGGAAUACGCGGUUUUGACGCGUGUGCUCAGUGAACUACAACAACGGGAUGGACAGUUUAAGCCACGUAGUUUCUUUGACUUUGGCUCCGGCAUUGGCACUGGCAUGUGGGUGGCUAGUGAGCUCUGGCGAGACAGCAUUUUUGAGUACUAUAAUGUGGACAGAUCCCGUGAGAUGAACGAACUGUCGGAGCUGAUACUGCAAGGUGGUCUUGAGAAUAAGCAGCGAUCGUUAAAAAAUGUGUUCUACAGACAAUUUUUGCCUGCUAUUGCCACAAAAUACGAACUGGUGGUCAUAUCACAUACACUCUUUGAGCUUUCUGAUCAGCAACAACGAGAGGAAGUGUUGCUUAAUCUCUGGCGUAAAUGUGAUGGUUACAUGGUCAUUGUGGAAGAGGGCACCCGACGCGGCAGUGAGCUGGUAAAUGAAGCUAGAAUGUUUCUAUUAAAAUCAGCGCUGCAAGCAGAAGAGAAGGCACAUACGUUAGCGCCGUGUCCGCAUGAUCAGAGGUGUCCACGACUUAGUGACUUGGCUGAUCGAACACCCUGCAAUUUUCCCAUUACAUAUGCCCCACUGCGUAUAAGCAGCGAUGUCAAAUCAGAUCGGGCUAGUUCGCUCUAUAGUUAUGUUAUCUUAAAGAAGGGUGCCACAGCAGAUGCCACACGUCCAUGGCCACGUAUAGUGCGUCCUACGUUGGUGCGAUCAAAACACUCUAUUUGUCGCACCUGCACUGCGGCAGGUAAUUUGCAGGAGGUCAUAUUCACAGCUGCCAAGCAUGGCAAACAAGCCUAUAGAUGCGCCCGUGUGAGUCGCUGGGGCGAUCGUUUGCCAAUGGAACUGGGCACACCAGAAACAAAGCCAAGCAAGCCCAGUAAAGCUGAGACAACACUGCUAGAUGAGCUGGCGUAGUCAACCAGUUAAUUAGGCCUUAAAAACAGGCUAAGCAAUUAGUUGUUUAAUUAUAUACAAACAAAUCGUUGCACUGUGUAAAUUUAAUUAAAUAUAUGCGUAAGCUUAUUGAUACCAAAUGAUGCUCAACUGGUGCUAGCACACCCUCGUAUAUAUAAAGGUAGAACAAACAAAGCUAUGUACAAAAUUUAUAGAGCAUUACGGGCGUUAAAUUUUGAUG